AUGAAAGGCCCGUUAAAAGGUCCCCUAGAUGGUCUUCUAAAAAGAUAUACCGAAAUUAUGUUAGGUUGUAUCGUUUUAGGCGAAAAGAACGCAUUUCCUGUUGAUUUCAAUACAGGCAAGACCAUAGGACAUCUCAAGAUAGUCAUCAAGGAGCAGGCAGGAUUGGAUAGUCCCGCACACAAACUGAAAUUAUGGAAAGUCAAUAUUCCUGAAAGCGAGAAACAUAAGAUAUAUGAAGGAAUCGACGUCAAAGUAAAGUUUGGAGCUACUGGACAGAAGCGAUACGCAGAUUCAGAAUCUGUUGACACAGAACCAAAACGAAAAAAGGAUACCCCUACGUUUGAAAAUUUGAUUGCCGACCUUGGAGAGAAAAUCUCUGUUGGUAGACCCCCAGAACUUUAUCCUCGUCCUAAUAUCGCCGGGCGUUUCCACAAAAGAGAUAUACCAAUUAGCGGUAGUAAAUAUGUAGAUAUGCGUUUAGAUGUGGAGACUACUGAUACGGGCAGAGAGCUUAUCGACAAUUUAAAAAAUGAAGACAAAGCUUGCUAUUUUCUUUAUGCCGUUUCUGGAGCUGGCAAAACAAGAGCAAUUUUUGAUAUGUCUAUGAAUGAAAAUGGCAUAUACGUAGUGUAUGUGGAGUGUAGACCGUCGCCAGAUGAUAGUAAUUGGGAUUUUGAGCCAACAAUGGAUCGUAAUUUUGCACAGCUUGUUGCAUCAAUAGAUUCAGCCUUUGGACCAUAUAACGAUAAUAUUAAUAAGUCUGCUAGAGCAGAAGCAAAGCGACUUAUCAUUUUAGAAUUUACUGCACGGAUUCUCCAUCUCAUUAUUCUCAAAAAGAAGUUCCCGGAUAUUACACCUCGUGACUAUCUUCUAUCCCAGCUCAAUGGCGGACAACAAAGUAUCGAAACAAUUAGAGACGAAUUGAGGCUUCUUAGACUUGCAUUUGAUGACCUGAAAUCAAUUAUUACGUCUGCUUUAAGAUUCUUAAAGAUUGAAUUACCCGGUCAAAAAUCACUUAUUUUUGCCAUUGAUGAAUCCAAUAUUGCCAGCAAUAAACUUUUUAGUGGUUAUUUUAUCAAUAUAAAUCAACAUCCACGUGGUUUAUUAACGCCAAUUAUUGAGAUUCUUAGAUUGUUUAAGAUUUCAAUAGUAAUUUCUGGCACCGCAUUUUCCCUUAAACAGGGCAGUGAUAUCCAAAGUGAUAUCGGCAAAGGAAAUGAGGCAAAAUAUAUUACUAACUUCAAUACAACAAAUAGCAAAGAUGUUGAAGCCUACAUUAUGCAUUAUCUUGAUUUGUCAGGCUGUGAAAUUGACAAGAUCGUAAAUAGUAAAUAUCUUGUUGGUCGUCCCCGUCUGGUUGCUUGCCUUGUUAAAGAAAUUAUAGAUGCAGAAAAUCCACAAGAAAGCAAACAUGUUGUGCUUGAAACCGCUGUAAAUAAGACAGUGCAAUUAGUCAAGAAUGGAAUGACAUGCCAUCUUGAAAAAUUGGCAACUGAAGCAUAUGAAAAGGAAAAUCUUAGGAAUGUAGCAUUACGAAAAAUCUUGAUGACACUCUUUAUUAACUGCCGUGAAAUAGAUGAUGAUUCAGCCAAAUUAGUCGACUGUGGUAUUGCUUCAUUGACAUCCGACAAAUAUAAAAAAUUUUGGCAAGUCAAGGAACCUUUGGCGAUAGAAACUGUUAAACUUGUCCUUCAUUUCCAGUACAAAUCACCUACUGAACUGUUGAUUAACAAACUCUUUGAAGAAUUACGACAUUCUGUUGAUUAUGAUGACAAUUCAAAUACCUCUAAAGGCAUCAUGUGGCAGUAUUUUGUCAUAGGAAGAUUAAUGGAUUUUAAAAAUAAGACGGUUUUUGAUUUUGUUAAUGAAAUCUAUAACAACCAAUCAUAA